AUGAGCAAUCUCGAAAGAAUUGGGAAGAAUAUGGCAAUCCAGACGGACCCACUGGUUAUCGGCGCGUACGUUCUUCUGUUCAUGUUAGUGUUGCCCAUUACUGUGGGCACAUGGUGGUACAAAACUAUGCGUUUCAGCAACAACAAUGUCCUAUUGGACACAAUUCGCUAUUUCUGUGUCACUUUUAUGCGUUCUCCCUACAUGGCUAUGCCCCGGGUGAUCAAAGUCUUGUCCAACGCGUACGAAUUCAAUCCGGCAUUCAACAAGGAGAUUGUGUGCCGUCCCAGUGACAAUAUUGAACUACCCCCGCAGGUGUACUUUUUGAGUCUUUGCUGGAACGGAACUCCGAAGUCCUACUUGGUCGGCGGCCAGCAGAUUGAACGUGUUAGUCCACGUGGACCCACGGAUACAAGGGGUAGUGUAGUGUAUUUAGAUUUGAUUAAGAAAGCGAUUGUUGGUUCCCCGAGUUCCGUGAAAGCUCGCGCAUUAAUCUAUGCGCAUUUGGAACGUAUUGACCUGCCCGCCAAAACAUUGUAUUGGGAUAAACAGUACAUCAUUAAAAAUUCACCGCGACUGAUUGACGAGAUGAUCAACAGUUUGCUUUACGUUCUUGCUGUGGCCACAGAUGAAGGUGUGUUUCGCUUGCUGUUCACACGCAACAUCAAGUCUAUCCGUCAACUGGUUCGACUUCCGGAUGAGAAACGUCGCGCUUUGCUGCGUAGUUUAUCAGACGAACAGUAUCGGGAUUUGCUUAACGUGUGCGCUUCAAUGCCCAUGCUGUCCAUAAGCUAUCAAUGUGAAGUUCUCGACGAUGAUGAUCCGAGCAUAUGGCCGUUGAGCAUGGUCACAGCCACCGUUUUGCUUCGGCGUACUCCACUGUUCGAACCGAGUGCAGUGAACAAUGCGACCACCUUUCAGGAUUCACAUUACAACGGAAGCGGACCAAACGCACGACCGGACUCGUCAGCGUACGAUCAUCUGCCUAAUUCGCAAUUGUAUCCAGCCGCCACUGGCAGUGGCACUGUCGGAGGAUCUGCCGAUGCCGGUUUCGAUGGUGCUAGUCCUAUGGGUUACGCGGACUUGGGAGAUGAUUACCCGGAUAUGUUAGAUAAACCUAAGAAGUCCGCCACUCCAGUUUGGGACAAAGGUAAACGGAAGAAGCCGGCUAGAAAGAAAAAACAACAGCAACAACAACAGCAGCAACAACAACAACGAAAGCAACAGCAGCUACAACAAGCACGCACUGCAAAUACUUCUGAACAACAGACGAACAAUGACCUUGAUUCAGAUGCCGAGGAGAUUGAAUUGGUUGGAUCGAAAGGCUCCACUUUUCUGAGUGAGGCUAGCGAACACCAGACGGCAGAAGAUGGUCCGACAGAUGCUUGCGAAACCAAUCCCAUCGAGAUGCUGGAAGGUGAUGAGGAUGUAGGUCCGGAAAAUUUAGAUGACCCUACCGCGAACACAGUAGAUGCGUUGUGCAAUUUGACCGGGACCACGUCGAACGAACCACUAUCAGAGGAGAAACUAGCAAAAAAUCGGGUGGAUAAAUCGGGCGGCUCAUCGUCUGGCUCAUCAAACCGAACGCUCCACUCCAUCCCUCACUUCAUGUUCUGUUUCAUUGUUUUGAUCUAUGCAAAGGAAAAAUUCGAGGGCUGGUGGGUUUAUUUGGUCGAUCGGAGGACCAGACAACUGGUCACCAAACCGGUUUAUGUGGCCACAUUACAGACGGAAGAGGAAAUCCCUCUCCGAUUUGUGGCCCCCUCUGUCCCCGGCUCGUAUAUGUACACGUUGUGUGUCCGAUCGGACAGUUAUAUGGACAGCGAUUUCUCUGAAAUUAUCCGAUUCACCGUCAGUCCGUUGCCCGAGCGGGUUGUGCGUUAUUUGAAAGAACAAGAAGAGGCUCAUUCAGAUUCGAGCGCAGCUAGUUCGGACUCCGGUGAAGAGGACGGAUUGACGGAAGAUGAGCUAUCCGAGAUAGAAGACGGUGUUGUACAACCUGCAAAUCAGAUCAUUUCGACCAACACGGAUGCUUUCUCACAGGAAUUCCCGGAGGAAGAAGAGGAAGAUGAUUAUGACGAUGAGCGCAACGGUCGGUUACGUCCUGUAGAUGACCAACGUUUAUCGGCUUAUUUGGCCAAAUUAUGA